AUGGCUGAUAGCAAUAAGAAGGUGUUCGACAUUUUCCAAAGUAUGGAGGAAGGACCAUCCGCCGCCAGCAGCGCUGCCAGCGCUCAGGCGUGGCUAGAUCAUCAUUCCCGUUCCCUGGGUUUAUUCAUGGAUGGGAAGUUUGUCCGCCCAGCAGGAAGGCAGAAUAUCUCCCUGUCUGAUUCCAAAGGAGCUAAGCUGUGCAGCAUCGUCUGCGCCGAAGACGAAGAUAUUUCCCAAUGUGCUUCCUCUGCUGCCAGCGGCUACACGUCGUGGAGCGGCCUGACGUGUUCCCAGAGAUCCAAAGUGUUGCUCAGGCUGGUAGGUGUCCUGGGGCUGCAUGGUCAGUGUUUGUCAGAGCUGUGCGCUCUGAGCGAGGCGUCCUGCUCGCCCUCAGUCCUGGUCAGACUGCUGCAGUACUACAGCAGCUGGGCUCAGCUCAGAGAUACGCUCAUCCCCAGCUGGACAUCUGUGGGUGUUGUGGUAGUCGUCUCUUCUGAUGACUGCUCGCUUUACUCCCUGAUGCUCAAAGUCCUGCCAGCAGUGGCCAUGGGUAACUCUGUGAUCGUUGUUCCGGGUCGGAGUGCCGCCCCUCCUGUACUCCUCCUGGCUCAGCUUUUUUCUGGAGCAGGACUUCCUGCUGGGACUCUCAACAUUUUAACAGGAAGUGAUGUCACACUGGGGGCCAAAGUGUCCCAGAAUGCCAGCGUGAGCUACAUCACUUACACUGGAAACAAGCAGGAUGGGCUGACUCUGUGUAAGGCUGCAGCAGGGACGGGCGUUCCCGUGUCCGUCUCCCAGUGCAUCGGCGCCACCUGCCCAUUUAUCAUUUUUGAGUCUGCUGACAUCGACAGCGCUGUGGACGAAGUCAUACAGAUUGCCUUCAAGAAGAAGAAGGAGGUCCACUGGGUGCUGUGUGUGCAGGAGAGCGUGGCGGAAAGCCUGGCGGCCCGGCUUAAGCUGCGAAUGGCGAGCAUGAAGUGUGUUCCUCUGAACAGCGAAGGGGACAGGGUCCUGGUGGAUGCUGCAGUAAAGGAGGCCCAGCAGCAGGGGGCCACGUUGAUCCAGCCCUGCAGUGCCGGUCCUUCUGUAACCCAGUACCCUCCAACGGUGCUUUGUGGGGCGGCCCCAUCCUCUCCCUACGUGGUCAGCCCGCCUCCUGGACCUUUGCUGCCUCUCCUGACUUUCAGGAGCAACACAGAAGCUGUGGCUUUGGGGAACCACAGUCCUCACGGCCAUGCAGCAUCGAUCUGGACUGAAGACCUGACACUGGCUCUGGAGACAGCUAAGAGUCUGUCGGUGGGCUUGGUGUGGGUGAAUUCCAGCUGCGUCUCCGAUCCCUGCCUUCCAGUCUGCGGCCACAAAGACAGCGGCACCUGCACUGAUGGGGGACAGGAGGGUCUCUAUCAGUUUCUGCGACCUUCCUGGUCUCCUGUCCUUCCUCGCUCGUCUCCUGUUUCUAUGGACUACUCAAAGUUUGGAACAGAACCAACCCAGGCUGUGAUCCCAGACGACCACAGUAUGCCUCAGUCCUUCCUGCAGUUUGUUGGCGGUAAAGCCUGUAAAUCGGUGUCGGGCUGCAGUGUGGCUGUCCAGGCACCAGGGGGCGGUAAUGUGUUGGGCUUUUGUCCUGAUGGAGGCCGCAAAGAUGUCCGGAACGCGGUGGAGGCUGCGAUAAAAGCUCAGCCUGGCUGGAUGAAGAAGAGUCCGUCUGCACGCGCUCAGUCCCUCUACUCUCUGGCCAAAGGCUUAGAAUCCAAGAAGAAGGACGUUUCUGCGUCAGUCAGCACCCAGCUGGGCGUUUCAGUGGAGGAAGCUGAUAAAGAGGUGGAGCUCAGCGUCGCCAGGCUCAACGUUUGGGCGGCUUACUGUGAUAAACUUCAAGGUGGAUCCCUGCCAAUGCCGCAGUCCGGUGCGGCCCUUUCCUUCCCUGAAGCCCUGGGAGUCGUUGGGAUCAUCCUACCUGACAAAUAUCCCCUCCUCUCCAUGGUAACGGUUCUAGGGGCAGCUAUUGCCACUGGCAACGCUGUCGUCAUGGUUCCCAGUCAAAGGUUUCCACUCCCCGCCUUGGCUUUCAUUCAGGUUCUCCAGUCCUCAGACCUGCUGGCAGGUCUGGUAAACAUCAUCACAGGUAAUCCGGAGCUGCUCACAGUGGCUCUGGCCAAUCACAGCGUCAUCAAGGCGAUCUGGUACUGGGGCAGUGCAGAGGGCUGCCAGUACCUCCAGUACAGCUGCACCAGCCCGCUGAAAACGCUGCGGCUCUUCUGCCAGAAGGACGGGGAGGCGAGCGAUGCUGGAGCGGACUGGACUCGGACUGAUGCUUCUCUGCUGGAGGACCUGUGGAGAAACGCGGUUCAGUGGAAAAGUGUUUGGAUUCCUUCUGCCUGAGAAGUUUAAACGUACAAAUAAGUCCUUCUAAAGAUAACAAACAUAUGUAAGAUGAAGAUGAGGAAUCAAAAGUCAUGCAAUAUUCUGAAGGUUUAUUAUUAUUAACAGCAAUGCUUAACAUGAUUUUUUUUUGCCAUCUGUCCAAAUGCACCAGAUUAGAGGAUCAGUAUUUUAUUUUUAAUUCACUAACAUAUUUUUCUA